AUGCCGGACCUGUUUAUACCUCCUCCAGGAUUUUACUUUCGAUUAUUCAACCACGAGAGCGGCAAAGUCCUCUACUCUAGGAAUGGACCGGACCCCGAAAUGUGGCAUUGGUUCAUGUCGACCGAUAGCGACGACCAGCUCUUCGAACUUAUCCAUGGUACUGGCAAUCGUGCUGGCCAAUACGCUAUAAAAGGCAAGGUAUCCGGGAAAGUGCUUUUUUCGAGGAGGUCUCCAGAUCCUUGUAUCGGACAUAUCACUGGGGACGGCUACUACGACGAUAACUGGUUCACAUUUGAACUCGGAACAGGAAACUUUUCGUCCCUCUUCCGCAUCAAUUGCCCCAUUAGCUCCACUGUCUGGGUCUCGCGCAAUACGGCGCAACCAGGAGUGUGCAAUUACCCAACGGGAGGCGUCCAUUACCCGGACCAAUACUUCAUGUUCGUCUUUGAGGAUACGGAAAUUGACCAUGUCGAAUAUCACAUUGAUCAAGGCAAGAUUUUGAACUCCACACCCAUGGUGAUCGCCACACAGACGCUGGAGAACAAGACGGACGUGUCGCAGACGCUGGAAGCGUCCGUCAACACGAGCGUUACGGAGACGUCGACGUUCCAGUUCGCACUGGGGUUCUCCGUCAAGGUGGGGACGUCGUUCGAGGCGGGUGUACCGGGCAUUGCGGAUGGGAAGAUUGGGGUGGAUGUAACCAGCACAUCUGCGUUUACGUGGGGUUCGUCGACGGCGAAGACGAAGACUUACACGGCUAGAUUUCCGGUUAAUGCGCCUGCGCAUACUACUGUCACUGCGAAAUCUAGUGUUACGCAGUCCGAGAUGAAUGUUCCCAUCACCGUUUACAGCAAGUCCAAAGCGACGGGAGUGGUGGUGAAGACUGAAGGAACGUACUACGGAGUAUCGACUUGGAACCUCCGCCAUACUGUUGCUAAUCAAUAA